AUGGCUGGAAACUACUAUUUUGUAAUUGUUGGUCAUCAUGACAACCCAGUGUAUGAGAUGGAAUUCUUGCCUCCAAAUAAAUCAUCUGAAAAGAGAGAUGACCAUAGACACCUGAACCAGUUCAUUGCACAUGCUGCCCUUGACCUUGUAGAUGAACAGAUGUGGUCCACCAACAAUAUGUACCUUAAAAUAGUCGACAAAUUCAACGAGUGGUUUGUCUCGGCAUUUGUGACAGCAGGCCGUAUGCGUUUUCUGAUGUUGCAUGAUGUCAAGAAUGAGGAUGGGAUCAAGAAUUUUUUCACGGAGACAUAUGAUACUUAUGUGAAGUUUGCCAUGAAUCCAUUUUAUGAAAUCAACUCACUAAUCAAGUCACCAUCCUUUGAUAAGAAAGUGCAGCUGUUUGGAAAAAAGUAUUUAACCGGAUAG